UUUUUUUUAUUUUUUUGUUGGUUUUUUUUUUGUUUAAAUUUGUUGUUGUGCGGCCUCUGUAAGUGAAAAGUACAUGCGCACGCAUACAAGUGCAUAAGAAAUAGUAAAAGACACACACACGCACGCUGUGUGUGUGUGUGCGCGCGCGAGUGUAAGUGUGAGUGUGUGCAUGUGUGUGUGGCGGCAGCAGCGCCAACUGCAGCCAUAAAUACACAACGCCAGGAAAAUCGAAUUUGAAACAAAAACAACUGAACGAAGCAGCAGCCAAAAGGGGAAGAAGAACACAACAACAAACACAACAACAGCUGCAACAAUGUCCAGCACAAUUGAAUUUGAGACAAUUGGCAGUCGCCUGCAAUCGCUGGAGGUUGCGCUGCAGGCGCAAAACGAAUCACAUGAACAAAUCGUCUUAUCGAAUGCGCGCGACGCCGUCGCGCGUGUCUGGCCCACAACAAUAACGGCACCACCAGCAGCAGCAGCGACAACAACAACAACAACAGCAGCAGCAGCAGCGGCAACAACACCAAAUGCUGCAGCGGCCGUUAGCGCCGCCGCAGCAGCUGCUGCAGCAGCAGCAGCAGUAGAUGCAGCAGCAGCGGCAACAGCAGCUGCAAGUGUCGCUGCCGCCGCCGCUGCCGCCAAUAAUGCCGCCUCACCCACUAGACCAGCCGCAGUUGGUGCGCUGCCGGCGCCAACGUCGCUGUCGUCGGGCAUCUUUGCUGGCGGGGGAUUUGCCCCGCCCAUUAGGAAUACGCGCACAACGCCGAGUUUGCCCAUACGUGAUUCUGGCACGACUCGAACGCGCCGCAUGAUGCUGCCGCUGCCAACACAAGCGCAUCCCUCGGAAACGGAAACGGACAAGAAACUGAAGAUGAUAAUGGGCCAAACGGGCAAACUGAACAUUAAUGGGCGACAGUAUCCGACAGAUAUUCACGAUCUGCAGCAUCUGGGUGAUCUGGGCAACGGGACGAGCGGCAAUGUGGUCAAAAUGCUGCACGUUUCCAGCAACACAGUCAUUGCGGUCAAACAGAUGCGUCGCACCGGCAACGCCGAGGAGAAUAAACGCAUUCUAAUGGAUCUGGAUGUGGUGCUCAAAUCGCACGACUGCAAAUAUAUUGUCAAGUGUUUGGGCUGCUUUGUCCGUGAUCCGGAUGUGUGGAUCUGCAUGGAGCUAAUGUCCAUGUGCUUUGAUAAACUCCUCAAGCUGUCCAAGAAGCCGGUGCCGGAGCCCAUACUCGGCAAGGUCACGGUGGCGACGGUGAAUGCAUUGUCCUAUCUGAAGGACAAACACGGCGUCAUCCAUCGUGAUGUGAAGCCGUCAAACAUUUUGAUCGAUGAGCGCGGCAAUAUAAAGCUAUGCGAUUUUGGAAUUAGCGGCCGUCUGGUGGACUCCAAGGCGAAUACACGUUCCGCUGGCUGUGCGGCCUAUAUGGCGCCGGAGCGCAUUGAUCCGAAGAAACCAAAGUACGAUAUACGCGCCGAUGUCUGGUCGCUGGGCAUAACGCUUGUGGAGCUGGCCACAGCACGUUCACCGUACGAGGGCUGCAAUACGGACUUUGAGGUGCUCACCAAGGUGCUCGACUCGGAGCCGCCGUGUUUGCCCAGCGGCGAUGGCUACAAUUUCAGUCAGCAGUUUCGUGAUUUUGUUAUCAAGUGCCUCACCAAGAACCAUCAGGAUCGACCCAAAUAUCCGGAGCUAUUGGCCCAGCCAUUCAUCAAGAGCUACGAGCUGGCCCAUGUCGAUGUGCCCAAUUGGUUUCAGAAUGUGAUCGACUGUGCUGCGGGCAAGCGACUGCGCGCCAAUGGUGACUCCACAUUGACGAGAGCGACGACAACAACAGCAGCAGCCGCAGCAGCCGCAGCAGCCGCAGCAGCCGCAGCAGCAACACGCGCCAAGGAAGCUGCCACAUUGUAUGGAAGAAAUGCGGCGGCAUUGACAGCGCGCAGUCCAAGCAAUACGCAAACGCUGAAGACAAUAAAACCCACACAGAUUCCAAGCUAUCAACAGGCGCCGGCUACGGGUACGCAGUAUUUCAUGCAAUCAGCCACACAACUACCUCAACAGCAACCACAGCAACAAGCAGCUGCAGCAGCAGCAACGACAACAUUGAACAACUUUAGCAGCGGCGGCAGUGGCAGCAGCAGCAGCGCAAGUCCCAUGUCGCCGCCAGGUGGUGGCAGCAGCAGCAGCAGCAACGACAUCAACAAACUGUAUCGCAAGUCGCCGUUCAUGCAGCGCAAGCUGAGCAAUGGCUCGCACUACAAGUACACGGAUGAGAGCCCCAAAAAGGAGUCUGUAUUCAGCAGCAUUGGUCAAUCGAUAUUACGCAAUUUGACGACAUCGCCGUUCAGUCAAAAGAAACAUCAUGCGAUUGUUACAGCAACAACACCAAUUGCAGUAACAGCAACAACACCGAUUGCAACAACAACUGCAACAACAAUAAUAACAACACUGCCGCAUAGUAAAGCCAAAACGCCGACUGAGCUAAUGACCAUGCCCAAAUGGCGUCUGCCAGCAGCGCAAAGAACGUUGCCGUACGACACCUGUGAUAGUAGAAUUGAUAAUUGCAGCGCCCUCGGUUCGCCCACGUUGCAGCCCAAAGGCCUGAUAACAGAGCCAGCGAUAGCGGCAGCAACGACAACAACCACAGCAGCAACAACAACAACAACAACAACACCAACACUGCAGCUCAACAAUCAACAACAACAACAACAACGCCUGCAGCCAGGCAAUCAGAGUCCCAUAGUGCUGCAGCGUUUCUAUCAUCAGCAGAAUCAGCUGCGCGAAAAGGAGGCAGCCGAGCGGCAACAUCACUUCCAGCAGCAACAUCUGCAGCAGCAGCAGCAGCAGCAGCAGCAGCUGCAGCAGCUGCAACAUCAUUAUCAGCCACAGCCGCAACAUUAUCACUUUCAUCAGCCGCCGCAGACGACGCCAGCGCCAGCGCCGGCGGUGCCGCGUCCUGCGCCUGUUAUUGGCACCAGCACGAAUCCGUUUCACAGCAACUAUGUGGCGCCAUCCUCCUCGCACUCCACAUCUAGUCAGUCAUCGACGCAGUCGACGUGCUCGCAAAUAGCCAUCGGCGCAACGCCAGCAUCGCCAUGUGCCACAGCAGCCGGACACUUUGGCGUUGGCAAUGCGACACAGUUGCAGUAUCAGCCGCUGCCGCUGACGCCAACGCCCACAACAACAGCAACAACAACAGCAACAACAACAGCCACAACAACAGCAACAACAACUAGCAACAACAUAUUCUACAGCAGCUUGCCCUGUAGAUCACCAGAGCAACUGCAGCCGGAUUAUGUCAGCGGUAGCGGCGACACUGGCGGAGUUGGUGGAGCAUCUGUUGCUGCUGGUCUGCAGAUGGGCAGCAAGCUGAGCAAAUUGUAUGCGCGUCGCCAGCUAAUUGGCCAGACGAGCAACAACAGCAGCAGCAGCAGCAGUAAUAAUCUAGAUGCCAGGGAGCAGCAUGUGUAUUCCAGCCAUGCGGAUGCGGGCUGGUUCAAUACAAUCGCCGGCGCCAUGAAGCGACAAUUUGCGACCUAUGUUAAAACCCAAUUGAAUUCCACAGCGACGCCAACGCCAAUGGCAACGGCAACGCCAAUGGCAACGGCAACGGCGCCCAAUGUCAAUGGGAAUGAGCAGCUGUGCGGCUUGGAGCCGGCGCUGGCGCCACAACCACCGCCACCGGCUUAUCGCAGCAUUAUGAACAAUGGCAGCAGCGGCCAUGCAACAGGCAAAUCCUAUUACUAUCGGACGCUGUCCGCGGCGAGCAGCAGUCACAAUACCAGCCAAAGCACCUCACCCACUACGGAGCCGCUGACGGGCAGCGGUGCAGCUGGCGUUGCGGCAGCCUCUGCCGCUGGCCAUGUGCUAGCGACCAGCGGCUUUUUGCGACGUUAUGCCAGCAGCGGCGGCGUGGCCGGCGGCGGCGGCGGCGGCGGCGGCGGCAGCAGCUGCGGUAGCCACAGUACACCGGCCAGUCCCCAUUUGCUGGCCGGCCUGGAUAGGCGGCAUCGCAGUCCGGAUCCGCCGCCGCGCUACAAUCGCGGCCAGUCGCCGCUGUUGCUGCGCAAAAAUCUGCUCGAGCUGAGCGGCCAGCCGCCGGGCUCACCGCUGCUGCAGCGACGCUAUGUCUCCGCGUCGCCGCCAUUGCCGCCGCCACGUCGCGGCUCGGAGAGUGUGCCCGGCUCGCCGCAACAUUUCCGGACGCGCAUCCACUAUACGCCCGAGCCGCAGCGACGCAUCUAUCGGACCAUAGAUCAAUGAGUAGCACUGCAAAUUAUGGUCAUGUGAUGUUGGUAUGGAUUCGACGAUGAUGUGUUGGCGCCCGAUGACCCGGCAGCUGCUGGCGACAGCUGCACCAACGGCGACAACAACGGCGGUCACUAGCACAACGGCAACAGCAGGCGCGGCGCACAGAUGCACGCUGGACUCGAAAAGCGACGACAGCAACAACCAACAACAACCAACAACAACCAACAACCAACAACAAACAACCAACAACAACAACAGCAAACGAAAGUGUUCAAAAGUCGUAUAUAUAACGUUUAAAUUUUAGGCCGUAGCUAGGCGUUGCGUUGUCCUUUUCUAAUGUUAAUUCAGCUAGUUCACAAAAUGUUUCUGUUUUAAUUUAUAACAAAAAGCAAUUUUUUUUUUAAAUUUAAUUCUUAAUUGUGUGUGUGUGCGCGCGUUUGUGUAUAUAGGAAUUGUUUUAGGCAACAAACGAAACAACAAUCAAGUUAAAAUUUGUAACUGCAAUAUAUCCAGCCAUAUAUCCAGCAUAUAUAUACAUAUAUAUAUAUAUAUAUGCAUAUAUAGCGUAUACAUCUAACUGAACUAAUAGCCAAAAUUGAACACUGUGCCCUAUAUAACUAUUUCAAUAUAUAUAUAUAUAUCAUUAUAUAUAGUAUAUGUAUAUAAAUCAGCUUCUAUUUUUUUUCUUUUUGUGUUUAAAUAUGCUCGUUUAUAGUCGCAUAUUUAUAUUGUAAAUGUAUUCAGAUGCUGAGACAACAAUAAUAGUGCAAUAGUUGAAUUUGUCGAGCAACAUUUGAUUUGAGCUUUUGACGUAGCUUUAUAAGCGUUUGCUGUAAACAAAUCUAAAUAGUUAUAUCCACAAACUAAAUGCAAAACAGAUGUAUAACAAUUUGAUUGGCACGGAAUGCCUUUUUCAUUCAUAUCCAUAAAGACCAACACAUAUAUACUAUAUA